UUUGUUAUUGUUUGUGCAAAAGACUUUUAAGCAUGUUAAGAAAACUAUUAUUUAACAAACAAAAACAGUUCUCAUGCUUAGCAGUGCGUCAAUUAGCAGCAAAGCCGGCGGUGCCUAAAACGCUGCAGCUGGAGCAGGUGCAUAUAGAUGAAGCUGUUAAAAUUGAGCCCACGCUGGCCAUUUACACACCCGAAAUAUGGCACCGUGCUCAUGAGACAUUUCAGAAUCACGGCUUGGAGACAGUCAACUUUUUGAGAAUUGUUACCGGCAAUCCUACGCUACUGAAACGCAGACCAGACCGCAUCAUUGACAGCCUGGAGAUUUGGCGCGCCUGUCAGUUUGGCGAGCACCUGUUGCAUCUGCUACUUACCAAAUAUCCAGAGUUGUUGGACGUCAACGAUGCACAUCAGCUACUCUCGCUCAGCGGUUAUUUGAAGAGCCGUGUGUCCACAAACAAAAACGUUUGGAAGCUGCUAAUGAAUAGUCCGGAUUUGAUAUCUCAGCCAGAGUUGCUUAUGGAGCAAAAGUUUAAUUAUAUGAUGGAUGAGAUGCGCAUUGAAGUGCCUGAAAUUGUAAAAUCUGCUGCAUUGACGCUGCCCUUUGAGGAUUUGCGUUGUCGUCACAUAUUUCUAGUGCGCUUGGGCUUAUUCAAGCCUCGUGCACUGAAGGCAGAUCCCAAUGAGCCGACUACAAAUAAUAGACUGUAUCAGAUUACGGACACGUCGGAGAAAUCAUUUGCCACUAAAAUAUGUCAUGUUACCAUGCCGGAAUACGAAGCCUUUAAGGAGUUGUUGGCACGGGAACUGGAGGACAAGUCCCGCAAGUCAAGAACGGAUGAGCAACUUAGUGACGAUGACGAGGAAGAAGAGUUGCAUUAA